AUGGAUUUUGAAAAUGCUGGCAAUGAUAGUAGUCAAAAUCAAUUAUCUCAACAGCAACAACAUCAUCAUCAUUCUCAAACAAAUUCGAAUUCUGCAUUAAUGUUAGUUCGUUUUUUAAAUUGUCUUGGAAAAGCAGCUGUUGGAAUCGUUUAUUAUGUCGAUUGUACGGUGAAAGAUGAACUUUUUCGUCGAAAAGAAGCUAAACAAUCAUCAGCAACGAAUAAAAAAUCACAACAAAAACCAAGAAAAUCAGCAAAAAAACGAACUAAACGUAAAACACCCGAUGAAGAUGAUGAAAAUCAAUCAACAUCAAUUAAUGAUACCACAACUACUUCAUCAAAUCAAACUUUCAAUACAACAACUAAUCAAACAAUUGAUGAUGAACAAGAUGAUGAAAUGUGUCAAGUAUUUGGCGGUGCUGAAGCUGAAGAUCCAGUUGAUAAUGAAAUUAGUUUAUAUAUACAAUCAUUAUGUGAAAAAAAUUCUUUAUUAAUGCAAUAUAAAAAUAUUCUUGAACAAAUUCUUCUUCAUCCAAAUGACUAUCGUGAAGAAGCACUUCAAUUAAGUGCUACUAUAUGUUUAUGUAAAUUUAUGUUAUUAUCUGUUGAAUUAUGUGAAACACAUGCAAAAAUGUUAUUUGAUCUAUUAAAAAAUUCUACAUUUGAAAGUGUACGUGUUGCUAUUAUGGUUUUAAUGAAUGAUUUUUAUUUGAAAUAUCCAUUAGCAUUUGCUGCUUAUUCAAAUGAUGUUUACGGUUGUUUACGUGAUCGAUCAGAUAAUGUUCGUUUAGCAGCAUUAAAAACAAUUUCAAAUUUAAUUCUCAAAGAAAUGGUUAAACCAAAAGGACAAAUAAGUGAAAUAGCUUUAUGUAUUAUUGAUAAACAUCCUCAAAUAGCAACAUUAGCUACAUCAUUCUUUAGUGAAUUAGCUAAACGUCAACAUGGCGAAGCAUUAUUUAAUAUUUUACCAGAUAUAUUUUCGAAUUUAGUUGGCGGUGGAUUAGAUAAAGAACGUGAAUUAAAUGAAGAAGAUUUCAAAUGUAUUAUGGAAUUUUUAUUUAAAUAUGUUAGUAAAGAAAAACAAACGGAAAGUUUAUCAGAAAAAUUAUGUCAACGAUUUCAUCUGGCUGAUAAUAAUCCUCGUUUAUGGCGUGAUCUUGCAUAUAUUAUGUCAAAACUAACAUACAAUGAACGAGCAUUAAAAGGUUUAUUAGAUCAUUAUAAUUAUUAUGCUGAUAAACUAGUUGAAGAUGCUGUUUAUGAAUCAUUUUUAAUGAUUGUUAAUAAUGCGAAGAAAUUAUUAGGAAAUAAACCUGAUUUAAAAGUUGUACUUGAUGAAUUAUCAAUUCGUAUUGAUCAAGCAAGAUCUUCAAGUGGAAUAUUAGUAGCUGUACAACAAGCACAACAAAAAACUAAACAACAACCAAAAAUUCCACGUGCGGGUGGAGCGAAGAAAGGUAAACAGACAGCACCUAGUCGUAGUAAAACCAAAGCAGCACAAUCGGAUGAUGAUGAUGAUGAUGGUUCAAAAGAAAAUUCAGAUGACGAUGAAAAUGAUUUUAAACAACCGACGAAAAAGGAAGCAAAAAUACCAACAACAACUCGAUCAAAACGUGGUGCGGCCGUAACUGCACGUAAAAAAGCAGCUGUAGUAGCGAGUGAUAGCGACGAAGAUGAUGAUUAA